AUGUCUAGGGAUUGCCCUCAGAAUAGGAAUCAUAUGCAAGGGAGGAGCAUUGGUCGGGUUUAUACAUUGGAUGCAAGUAAGGCUAAGAGCAACAAUGCCUUGAUUGCUGGUACGUGUCUCAUCAAUGAUCAUCCUUGUUUUAUAUUGUUUGAUUGUGGGGCAACACACUAUUUUGUAUCAAUUCAGUGUAUGAAGCGUCUUGGCUGGCAAUUAAUUCCCUUGUCUCCUCCUAUGGUGGUUACUACCGCCAUGGAUAAUGUGGUUGAGACACCGUUAAUUUGUGAGAAUUGUUCGCUCUCGGUGAAUGGUAGAAUUUUCCAGAUUGUUCUUAUUUGUUUACCACUUAAGAAGGUUGAUGUGGUUUUGGGGAUGGACUGGCUUUUCGCCAAUUCAGUGUUUAUUAGAUGUGAAGAGAAGUUGAUUAUCAUUCCAUCUAGUGAAGCUACUCCAAAUAAUGUAUUAACUGAAGGAGAAUAG